AUGGUACAAACAAGAGCACAACAAAAAGCAAUUUUUACAGAAGAAACACAAAGGUUAGGUGAUAUUCAAAUCGAACAAACAAACAACAAUCAAGCACAAAACGCAAGUUUAAUUUGUUAUCGUCCAUCACAAGUCAUUAUGGCAAGUAAAAUCGUCCAAACACUGCUUGCCAAAAAGUUAGAAGAAGCACCCAAAUUUGAAGAAAAUGUGUUGAAAUGGUUGAAAAGUAUUGGAAAUGCAUUUAAACUGGCGACACUAGACGAUUCAACAAAGUUAGCACUGAUAGCAAAGUAUUUAGAUGGCGAAGCGUCUGAAUGGUAUCUCAGCAAUAUGGAUGAUUUGGACACAUGGAGCAAAUUUUGCAUCGAAAUAGCUAAAACAUAUUCAUCACCAGCAGCGAAACAAUUGGCAGCACAACAACUGCAAAGUCGCAGACAAGGGUUACAGGAAUCAGUGAUGCAUUAUUAUAAUGACAUUCUUCAGUUAUGUGAAACAAUGGACAGUCAAAUGACAGAUCAAUCCAAAUUAAUUUAUUUAUUACAAGGAUUAAAGUUAUCAUUACACAAAGAGGUAGCACGUCA